ACUUCAAUCUAACGGUUCUCGUGUAAACAAUCGACAAAACCCUCGUUGCUUAUAUAAGCACUAGGGUUUCCGCCAUUAAAACUUGCCGCCGACUCCUGAGAACUGCUUUGAUCGCAGCUAUGGCAUCAGAGAAGAAGUUAUCUAAUCCGAUGCGAGAUAUCAAGGUUCAGAAGCUGGUGCUCAACAUAUCGGUGGGAGAGAGCGGAGAUCGCCUCACUAGAGCUUCCAAGGUGUUGGAGCAGUUGAGUGGGCAAACUCCUGUGUUCUCCAAAGCCAGGUACACUGUCCGAUCUUUUGGAAUCCGGCGUAAUGAAAAAAUUGCUUGCUAUGUCACUGUUAGAGGAGAAAAGGCAAUGCAACUCCUUGAAAGUGGCUUGAAAGUUAAGGAAUAUGAGCUUCUCAGGAGAAACUUCAGUGAUACUGGAUGCUUUGGAUUUGGCAUUCAGGAGCAUAUUGACCUUGGUAUCAAGUAUGAUCCUUCAACCGGAAUCUAUGGCAUGGACUUCUACGUCGUCCUAGAGCGUCCUGGUUACCGCGUGAGCCGGCGCCGCCGCUGCAAGUCUCGUGUCGGCGUGCAGCACCGUGUGACGAAGGAUGAUGCCAUGAAAUGGUUCCAGGUCAAAUAUGAAGGUGUCAUCCUCAACAAAUCUCAGGCUAUUGCUGCUUAAGGAGAGAUCAGUUUUUUUUUUUCUUUGUUUUGUUUUGUCUCAGUUUCUUGGUUAUUUGUAUUCAGUUUUGCAACCUUUACAGACUAUGUAUAAUGAAAUGUUCCUUGCCUUAAGUAUUCUUAUGUUUUCAAUGUGCCAUUGAAUUUUAAUCUGGUAUUUUAUUGUGUA